AUGGAAGACUAUGAAAGUGUCUUGCUAAUCAUUCGCGAAUGCUUUGUCUAUCGGAUACCACCAAGAACAGCUGCUAGAGGAUACAGAGCGGCUGAAUGGGGCGAUUUGGGAAGCUCGUAUCUCUGGAAGGGCCGUUUGCGUAUCAUUACCAAAGGUGAAAGCUGCAGUAUCCGCUUGGAAGAUGCCAACACUGGUGAGUUGUUUGCAUUGUGUCCAUAUAGUACAACGGGUAGUGCAGUGGAAGCAGUGUUGGAUUCCAGCCGCUAUUUUGUGUUGAAGAUCGAGCAUGAAGGCCGCCACGCUUUCAUCGGUAUGGGUUUUCAGGAACGAAGCGAUGCAUUUGACUUUAAUGUGGCCCUUCAGGAUUUUGCAAAACAAAUCCGAGCUGAAAAGCAAGCUGUUGAACGAGCCAAACAAGCUGAACAACUCCCAAAAAAGGAUUACAGUCUCAAAGAAGGACAAACCAUCAGCAUCAGCAUUGGUAACGUAGGGGCCAAACGCACAAAUCGACCCAAGCCAGCAACCCCUGCCACUGGUGGUGGUGGUGGUGGAUCGAGCGCAGGUGGUGCCAUUCCUCUUCUUCCACCGCCUCCUUCUGCAGCACAAGUCAAACAACAACAACAGCAACAACAUCGUAGCAAUAAUUUGAUUUGA